UCUGAGCCUUUCUUUUUAAAACAACCCUAUGAAACGCUCCAUUUCCUGUAAACAGAACACUGGUAACAGUAUGGCUGUAGGUCUGCUUCUCGUCUGCCUUACUGGCCUUGUAUUUUCAGAAGAACCACCCGAUGUGAAGUGUCUGAUGGUUAACGUGGAAUAUGUUCAAUGCAUGUGGAAUGGAUCUGCCACCCCAGGCGUUAAUUACACCUUCUAUAGCAGGUUUGAAAACGGUUUUAAGGAGUGUGACAACUAUGUCUUGGAGAACACCACUAUCGUGGGCUGUGAUCAUACCUAUGAGAAGCUUAUUAUAAAAAGGUUUUCCAAGUUCACCACCAAACUGAAAUUGGGGAACAGGAGCUUUGAGCAGUUCCAUGAACUUAAGUCAAAAGUCAAACUGAACGCCCCCGUCAACUUAACUGCAAUGAACGGCUCUGACUGGAACCUGCGGUACUACUGGAAUUAUACCUGCAAUACUAACUGCAUAGAGUCCGAAGUUCGACACAGGAUCAAUGGAAAGGAGUGGAAGACUAUCCUUCUCCAGAGAAAUUAUUACUCCAUCAACCUGCCCUCCAACAGCUACCUCUAUGAGCUGCAGGUGAGGGGCCGAAUACCUGAUGCAUGUGGACAAUCUGACAUCUGGAGUGACUGGAGCCCACCAGUAUUCUGGGGGUCCAUGAGAGAAUCCUAUGGCACAGACACAAAUAAGCCGAGAUUCUACUCUUCCGUGCAGAAAACAAUCCUUUAUGUUGUCGGGCCAAUCGUCUUCUUCAUAUUGGUCAUCAUCUUGGUGCGCAACGAAAGGAUCAGAGUCAUUCUGAUACCCGUUCUCCCAGACCCAGGCAAGAACCUGGUAAAAAUCCUGGCUGAAGACAAUGUAGAGGAGUGGCUACCCAUCUCCAAAGGCAUCAAGGAGGGGUUCAAGGUGAACUAUAUUGAGCGCGUCUGUUCUGUUGGGGAUUACAGCCGUAAUCCACAGAGCACCAGCGAGAGCUCUGCGGACCCGAGUUCUUUUGACCACAGCUCCGGUAGCUGUGCAUCUUUAGUUGCCACCAAUUGAAUCGAAUCCUCGUCCUGGCUCCCCGUUAAUGAACCUGCAGGAGCUUUUUUCUGC